AUGAAGGCCAAGGCGGGCUCCCGCGCCGGCGACUCCAGGCUCGCGGUGAAGAAGAGCAAGGCCGAGAAGGACCCCAACAAGCCCAAGCGGCCCCCGAGCGCCUUCUUCGUCUUCAUGGACACCUUCAGGAAGGAGUACAAGGAGAAGCACCCCGACGUCAAGCAGGUCUCCGUGAUUGGCAAGGCCGGUGGUGAGAAGUGGAAGUCUCUGAGUGAUGCUGAGAAGGCUCCCUAUGCUGCCAAGGCCGAGAAGCUCAAGGCCGAGUACGCCAAGAAGAUCGACGCCUACAACAACCCGCAGGCAGGAGAGGCGUCCGGCGACUCUGACAAGUCCAAGUCCGAGGUGAACGACGAGGAUGACGGCAGCGAGGUGCUGGAUCUGCGAGUAAGAUUCAGUAUACUGGUCAUCUGGUUGGCAGCAGAUGGUCUUGCAUCUGUGAACUACUACAGAAGUUUUUUUUGGAAUUUAUCUGUUGCUUUUGGUUCUGCCAACAACUCUCCGAUCUUGUCUUUUGUUGGCUUGUUGGUUCUUCUCUUCCUAGCAUCAACAUCAUGGCUCUAUCUAGUGAUGUGA